AUGAAAAGACAGGACGUCGUCAGUGAAGCUGCUGCGCCAGAAGUAACGGACGCCACUGAAGCAGAACCCGAGACAGCAGCCGAUCCUGGCCCUGAGGAAACGGGUGCUUCUGAGUCUCAGCCCACGGACGAUACCUCGAAUGCCGACGAUGGUGAAAGCGGUACUCUGACGACUGCUCUCGUUGAAGAACUCUUCACGACAAUGGUAACAAAACCAGGCUCGCUUGAAGUAACAUCCGUUACCGAAACCAUCACCGAGACUGGGGAGAUCACACGCACACUGGUCGAAACCAUUCCAGGAACUACAUAUGUCACAUCAUCCGAAGUGCCUGUCGAAGACCAACCCACAUCGGAUGGCGGCGUGCCGGUAACUGGUGCUUACGUCCCAGUCACUGUGACAGAGCCUGCACAGACAAAGACGAGCAUCACCGUAAUGGAAAGCGGCGUGGUUCGCACAACUGUCAAGGAGACCACACGCACUGGUCCCCCGAUUGUAUAUGCUUCUGUCGGAACGACGACACUGUACUCCGUCCUUACUCUCGACUCGGAGGGAAAGAUUGCGAAGCCCCCCGUUACAAAGUAUCGAACGAGCCAGGUUGAAGCCACUGUUAAAACGAUUGUCGAUGCGCCACCGCCGGUAACAAUGGUCCAGACACUCCCUGAUGGCCAAAUUAUCACAUCGGUGUCUACACCAAUUGGUACGACACGGGUAACGACUAUGCCCCCGACGCAGGUUGUCAUCACCGACGUUUCCACUCCCACGGGCGGUACUCGUAUCGUCGUUGAGGCUACGACACAUACUCUCACGCAAUCGGAUUAUUUCAUUGGGAAAUUCCUUCCACCUAUCGUUGCCGUGCUUCUCGCCAUGGGCAUUCGCGCCCUGAAUCAAGCAGCACAACAAUACCAACCAUUUGCUGCACUUACCAGAGAGGGUGGCGCAUUGGGUCGUGAGGCUUUGCUUCUGAGCUUUGAUGGUUGGCAGAGCAUAAUUCUCCCGUUCAAGCUCCUUUUCAACAACCAGCCUCUUCCCUUCUUGACAGCUCUGGCUCUGUGGUCAUCGAGUUUUGUGGCGCCUCUAUCCAGUGAAGCCAUUGGGCUCAAGAUUUACGGCCGCUGUAGCAAGGGGGCCAUUGACGGCUGUGCUCUUGAGCUUGGUGUCUCUAAUAAUGCCGCAUAUGCCCUUGUUGGUCUCUUGGGUGCCCUCGCCAUUCUUCUGGCUUUCACGCUCAGCGUUAUCAGUCGUCAUUGGCGCACCGGUGUGUAUGCAAACCCAUGGUGUGCAGUCAACGCGGCAGCUCUUGUUGCUCGAAACCCAGAGGUUCGAUCUAUGGGAUCUAGUGAUUGGAAAGAUCUUAAGACUUCUAUCACCGAGAAGAGGUUCGCCAUGGGUUGGUUCCGCAACCAAGACGGACGAGACGAAUACGGCGUUGUUAUCGUCGGGAAUAUCGAUCGUCCCAUCGCAGCUACAUACGCCAAUACGCCAUAUACUGAAGGUAUGGCCUAUCGCCCACAGACACGCCAUAGAGCUCCACAGACCUUUAUGGCUUUGAGCUUCUGGUACCGAUUCACAUUUCUUGUGUUUUUGAUCUGUCUUCUUGGCUUCGUCGGUUACUAUCACUUUGUCGAUACCUUUGGCACCCUGCCCAAGAACAUGAAGAAACUCAUGGAGAGCCAGGACUUUGGUGUACGCUUUGUCUAUUCCGCGCUUGGUGUUAUUGUUAGCUUCUGUUGGGAGUUCCUGUUUACGAGUGUCGCUGUCAUCACGCCCUACCGCCGCAUGGCUGAAGACCCUCAAGUACCGACACGGUCAGUCUUGAUGACACCAGCUACCAAUCCAGUCUCGGGCGUGUUUGUUGCGCUGCGAAUUCGAGAUCCUCUCCUCUUCUUUACGGCUUUCACCACCGUCCUUGCACAAUUUUUGCCGAUUUUACUCGCCAAUGUUCCGUACAACCGUACACAAACAAGCGAUGCCCACGAGAUAUGCUCCCGCCUCAGCAUUGGCAUCUUGCUUGUCAUGGUUGUUGCCAUGCUGUCCAGUCUGUUGGUCAAAUGGCCAGACCUGCCUGUUGAUCCCAGUAGUCUAGCGGGAGCGCUAUGGUAUGUCUCUGAUGCGCCAUGGGUGAGAGGUCUUGAGGGCGUCGCGGCAAUGAGUGCAAAUAAGCGCAAGAAUGCGGUGCAGGGUCUCGGGGGAAGAUGGACAUAUGGACCCAUCCAUACACCUAUGGGAGAGCGUAUGUGUAUUGAACACGGAACAACAGGAUUCAGAGGUUAG